AAAUUUUGUGAAAAUUAAGCUGAAAUUAGUGUAAAAGAUUCAGUGAAACGUGUACGUGUACGAUCGAGAAUCGAAACUGAAACUCAAGUGCGUCUAACAGCGAUCUGAGAAGGUAGGUGAAAGUUAAAUUUAUAUUUAGGUGAAUUAAACUAUAAACAUGUCUUUGACUAAAUUAAAGAAAGACGAAUUAAGACUCGUCGCAGAAGAAUUAAACUUAACUGUACCGGAGGGUGCAAAAAUUGCCGAUUUAAAAACUUUAAUUGAAAACAGCGAAGUGUAUAAAACAGAUCAAGAGCUAUUUAAAUGCGCACUGGAUUAUGCUAUAGAGGAAGUAAAAAAUAAAAAGUCCGAUAGUGAAUCUAAAUUAGAAUUUGAGCGAAUUAAAUUAGCCGAUAGUGAAUCUAAAUUAGAACUUGAGCGAAUUAAAUUAGCGCAAUUAGAAAAACAAUUAGCGCUAGCUAAUGUUCAAAAAGAGUUACCGCAUAAUUCCGUAAUCGCAAAAGAAAGUGUUUCUGAGAAUCCGAGUAAUAUUAAUAUCGAAACUUUAUUAAAAUCGGUAAAAACCUUAACUAUACCUGUACCCUCACGAGUUGAAUCUUAUAAUUUAUUUUUUCAGUCGUUGGAAAAAGCAUUCAAAACAAAAGAGGUUCCCGAGCAAUUUAAAUGUGAAAUUCUUUUAAAUAUUUUAGGUGAGAGAGCUAACAAUUUAAUGGUUCACAUUUCCGAAGAAGAGUUAACUAAUUACGAUAAACUCAAAGAUUUAGUGCUAAAAGAAUUUUCCCCUACACCACAAGAAUGCUUUAAUAAAUUCCAAAGAGCACAAAAAAUAAGUUCAGAGAAUUAUGUACAAUUUGCGUCAAGGCUAAGUGCGACGUUUGAAUAUUAUUGUCAAUUACGUAAUGUAAAUGAUUUUAAAUCCGUCUGUGAGUUAAUAGUAUCGGAUAAAAUAAUGAGUACUCUCGAUAGAGAAUUGAUGACUCAUAUUAGUGUAAAACAGGGAGAAAAGUAUUUUAAACCACAUGAAUUGGGGCGUGAGUGUGAUAUUUAUUUAUCUUCGAAAGGCAAAAGCAAAAAUGAAACAUUUUCGAAAUCUUUCAGUGGAAAUACUAAGCGUUACGAAUUUAAUAAACAAAAUAGAGUUAAUAAUUCGAGUGUACAGAGAGGAGCAACAAAUGUAUUUUUAUCUGAAAUAAAAAAUGAUAACUGUGUAUUAUGUAAAAACAAUGAGUCUCAUGCUUUGCAAUUUUGCCCCCAAUUCAAAAGAAUGUCUGUGCACGAUAGAGUAGAGUUUGUAAAAAAUAAUAGACUAUGUUUUAAGUGUUUUUCCCCCAGAUGUGAAGUUAAUAUAUGCAGAAUGAGAAACUGCUUUCUAUGUAAAAAGGCUCAUCACAAACUUUUACAUUAUCCGAGAGAAAUUAAAAACAAUUCCUCCACUCCCAAUAUGGCGCCAAUUAAUGAUCAAAAUAAAUCACAAACAACCGCGUUUAAUGUAAGUGCUGAAUCAUUCGUUCCGAGAGAAGACACUACUCAAAUAGUGGCGACCGCAUGUUUUAAAAACAAAUGCUUAUUAAGUACGGCAUUAAUCCUCGUAAGGGAUAAAUAUUCGGAAUGGCAGAUGUGUAGAGCGUUACUGGAUUCGGGUAGUGAAACCUGUCUAAUUUCAAAUGAAUGUGCUAAUAAAUUGCAACUUAAGAGUGAAAAAAUAAAUACAUUGAUUUCUUGUUUAAACGAUACUUCUAUGAUGGUAAAUGGGUGUGUUAAAGUGGCGAUUUCAAAUAAAAACAAAUCUUUUGAAAGAGAAUUAGAUAUGCUCAUAGUUAAAAAAAUCACAGAAUUUAUUCCGAAUAAAACUUUAAAUAUAAAUGUCGAUUUUUCAAAUUUCGUGGAAUUAGCAGAUGACACUUUUAAUAUUCCGGGAAAAAUAGAUUUAUUAUUGGGUGCAAAUAUAUUUUACGAGUUGAUAAAGUCGGAAAGAAUUAAAAUAAAAAAUUCGCAAUUGCUUUUGGUCAAUAGCGUAUUUGGGUAUGUAGUGACCGGAAAUUUAGAUUCAAUAAAUGAAUCAAAGGUUCACUGCGGUUUGAUUCGUGAUGAGGACUUAAAUAAAACACUAGAAAAAUUCUGGCAAAUAGAAAAUGUCGAGGAAACAAUAACAAAGAGUAAAGAAAACUUAAUUUGCGAGAAACACUUUGAGGAUACUCAUUUUAGAACUAGGGAAGGGAAAUACGUUGUUUCAAUGCCCCUAAAGGAAGAUCCCUCAUGUUUAGGAAACUCAAAAGAUAUAGCCCUCAAACGUCUCAGAUCGCUGUGGAAUCGCUUAGCUAAAGAUGAAAUUUAUUUAAAUUUAUAUCGUGAUUUCUUAAAAGAAUAUGAGAAACUGGGACACAUGAGAGAGGUUACUAGAGAAAUUGAACCAGAGGUAACAUAUUAUGCUACACAUCAUGGAAUCUAUCGUCCAGAAAAGUCCACGACAAAACUUCGUGUUGUAUUUAAUUGUUCUUCAGUAACUGAUAAGAGAAUAUCCCUUAAUGAUAUUCAGUUUAAUGGAGGAGUGAUUCAGGAGGACUUAUAUACUCAAAUGCUAAGGUUCCGCACAUAUGCAUAUGCCUUUACUGCUGAUAUCAAAAUGAUGUAUCGAACUAUUUUAAUCAAUCCAAAUCAGCGUAAUCUUCAGAGAAUCGUUUGGUGUGAAAAUGAAGAUGAACCGCCAAAAAUAUACGAACUAUCUACCGUUACUUACGGCACGGUAAGCGCACCUUACUUAGCGCAAAGAACACUUAAACAGCUUUCAGUUGACGAACAAGCCAAUUUCCCCAUGGCUGCUCCCGUCCUGCAAAAUAAUUUUUACAUGGAUGACUGUUUGUGCGGUGCAGACACAUUAGAGGAGGCAAUUGAGCUCAAGCAACAAUUAAAAGGGAUUUUGCAAAGUGCUGACAUGACACUACACAAGCUCUGCGCCAAUCACGUGAAACUAGCACCAGAUUCUGAAUGUGAUUAUAAUUUUGCAACGUUAAUAGAGACAAAAACUUUAGGUGUAUCCUGGAAACCAAUUUUAGAUUGUUUUCUAUUCAGAGUAAAGGUAUGCUUGGAGAAUUCUUACACAAAACGUGACGUUUUGUCCACUAUUGCCAAGCUCUUCGACCCGAUUGGUCUAAUGGCACCGGUAAUAGCAAAGGCAAAGAUUUUCCUUCAGCGUUUGUGGAGAAUCAAAAUGGACUGGAAUGACUCUUUACCAGAUGAAGAAUAUCGAGAGUGGCAUCAAUUUCUAGUGUCUUUAGAGAGCAUCAACAAUAUAGAGAUUCCAAGACGCAUCUUCAUCACUAUUCCAAAAAGUGUAGAAAUCCAUGGCUUCGCUGAUGCAUCUCAGCAAUGUUAUGGUGCAGCAGUCUACUGUAAAUCUAAAAAUUCAAUGAAUGAGACUUUGGUUAGCUUGAUAACAAGCAAAUCAAGAGUCGCACCUAUAAAAAGUCUAACUAUUCCAAGACUUGAAUUAUGUGCUGCUGUUCUUCUGUCAAAACUUGUGAAACGAGUUGUUGCUGCGUUAAAGUUAGAAACUGUUGAAAUAUACCUUUGGACAGACUCUAUGAUAGUUCUAGCGUGGCUUCAAAAAGAACCCAUAGACUUAAAAACUUUUGUCCAAAACAGAGUGGCCACAAUACAAGAGCUAUUUUCUAAUCAGCGAUGAAGACAUGUACCAACUGAUGAAAAUCCUGCAGACUUAGUUUCACGAGGUGUUGAUCCUGAUAAACUUCUGCAUAACCACCCUUGGUGGAAUGGACCGAUGUUUCUUACAGAUAAUGACUAUCCAAAUCGAACUAUAAAUUGUAGUGAGAUACACGAUGAGUACUAUUCAGAACUGAGAAGCUCCACCAAUGGAGACUUUGAGGACUUUCCGUCUGUGCUUAAUAUCCUUACUAAUAAUUUUAUAAAUGAUUUAAUUAGUUUAAGCAAUAACUAUUUUACGUGUUGUGAGUUUUCUGUUUAGGUUCGUGGAGAUAGUAAAAACGAAGCAGAAAUCAACAGGUCCAUUAACAACAAGGGAGUAUGAAAGAGCAGAAACCUUUCUGGUAAAAAAGGUUCAGGAACAAGAAUUUUCUUUUGAAAUAAAAAGUAUUAAACGAUCUG